AGUAGGUGCCUAUAUAUACACCAGCUCUUAGGUUUUUCUUCUCCCGAGUCUCACCCUGCAUAUCAACUUUAAUCUCCCACACCAUGUCUGUUUUCCUGUUUUUAGGGUUUUCUGUGAUCUUGCACGCCUUCCUCUCCCUCAUUCACCAAUGCAUCAACAAGAAAACACCAUCCUACGCUUCUCAUCGUAUCAGCCACGGCCCUCCUUCUCAUCCCAUCAUAGGAUGUCUCCUCUCUUUCUACCGGAACCGUUCCCGCCUUCUCGACUGGUACACCGACCUCCUCUCCCAAUCCCCUACCCAGACCAUUGUCAUUCACCGGCUCGGCGCGUGCCGCACCGUCGUCACUGCCAACCCUGACAACGUCGAGCACGUCCUCAAGAACAACUUCCACAACUACCCCAAGGGCGUCCCCUUCACCUGCAUCCUCGGCGACUUCCUCGGCUGUGGCAUCUUCAACGUCGACGGUCCUCUCUGGAGCACCCAGCGCAAGCUCGCCAGCCACGAGUUCAGCACCCAUUCAUUGAGGGACUUCGUCGUGCGGACGCUUGAAGCUGAGGUCGAGAACCGGCUCUUGCCGCUUCUCCAAGACUAUGCCGAUACUGAUCGAACCUUGGACCUUCAAGACUUGCUCAGGAGGUUCGCUUUCGACACCGUGUGCCAAGUUUCUUUAGGCACCGACCCGGAUUGCCUCGACCUCUCGCGCCCGCUGCCUCCUCUAGUGACUGCCUUCGAAAACGCGUCAAGGAUAUGCGCAAUGCGGGGCACCUCCCCAGUUUAUCUGGUCUGGAAGAUCAAGAGGGUGUUGAACAUCGGGUCCGAAAAUAAGCUUGCCGAAGCUGUGAAGCUCGUGCAUGAUGAUAUACUUGAUAUAAUCCGGAGCAGGAAGAAGAAGCUGCUCCAAGAGAAUGAUGAUCAGCAGAUUAAAUAUGACGGCGACCUCUUGUCCCGGUUUCUUGCGGCCGGGCACAGUGAAGAGAUGGUGCGGGACAUGGCGAUAAGCUUCGUCAUGGCCGGAAGAGACACCACAUCGGCGGCGAUGACGUGGCUCUUCUGGCUGCUUGCUCAGAACUCGAAUGCUGAGGAAGCGAUCGUGAGCGAAGUCGACUCGAUUCUUGACCGGAGCUAUAACAAGUGCUUAGAUUUCAAAGCCUUGAAGGAGAUGAGGUUCCUGAAGGCAUGCCUUUGUGAAUCGAUGCGGCUGUACCCGCCAGUUGCGUGGGACUCGAAGCAUGCCGCAGUGGACGACGUGUUGCCGGACGGGACCCUGGUGAAGAAGGGCGAUAGAGUGACAUACUUUCCCUACGGGAUGGGAAGGAUGAAGGAACUGUGGGGGGAAGACAGGCUCGAGUUCAAACCGGACCGGUGGCUGGUGGAACCGGGAAUGGAUGGUGGCGCCGAGGGGGAGUUGAGAGCGGUGAGUCCAUACAAAUACCCGGUGUUUCAGGCCGGUCCGAGGGUGUGCCUCGGGAAGGAGAUGGCCUUCAUCCAGAUGAAAUACGUCGUGGCGUCGAUCUUGCAGAGGUUCGAGAUCAGACCGGUACUCGAGAACCGGCCGGUUUUCGUGCCACUGUUGACCGCCCACAUGGCGGGGGGGCUGAAGGUCGUGGUCAAAAAAAGGAAGGUACUGGGAAGCUGCUGAGUUGUUGCGACGAAAGGAGUUGGAGAAUACUACAUAAGAUAGGGGCGGUGGCGGGGCGAAUGCUUAUCGUUUUUGUAGUUUUGCAGGCUUAAUUGAUUCAAUGGAAAGAUUAUAAAAGCCUUCUCAUAUCUUCCCCUCAUCCCUUCGGUAUAUGUAUAUCUACGCAAUAACAUAACUAGUGAGAAAGACGGGACAGACAUAAAUUAAU